UACAAAUUUAAAACUGAGCAUAUGCAUUUGCAUCAAAAUAAACUUCAAAAUUCAUCUUAAAAUCAAAUCUUCAACCCAAACCAGUUUGAAUAUUUUACAGAGAUAGUUCCCCCUCUACACCCUGCUGCUGAAGCGAGGGGUGUGGUUAGCUGUUAGUCAGUGCGCAUCAGGUAUCCAUCCCACACUAUAUAACCCUGUGAACCGAGAGGGGAGCCGCAGCAAGACAGGCGCACCAUCGGGGUGACUACAUCAGCAGACAACUAUCCAAAAAUGGCCAACAUGCUGAGAUCGUGGAUGAUGUUUGCAGCGCUCGUCGUCUGCCUCCUCGUGUGUUUGAGCAGCUUCGCGGACGCCUACCCACCCAAACCGGAGAGCCCGGGGAGCAACGCCUCACCGGAGGACUGGGCCAAAUACCACGCAGCUGUCAGGCAUUAUGUUAACCUCAUCACCAGACAGAGGUACGGGAAGAGGUCGAACCCUGAGCAGGCGGUCGCGUGGCUCCUGUUUGGGGCUGAUUCCAGCCAAGACAAUGAACCACGCUCCGACUAUGGCGAUCAGUGGUAAAUGAACCCAGUGUUAACCCACGCCUCCCUCCAAUCCUUCAAUUCAGCAACAAUCAGAACACAAUGAGAUUCUCAAGUGACAGCCUGCACUAGACCGUGUGACUCUCCAUGUUAAUUAUUUAAUGUGCAUGCAAAUAUCCCCCCCUCCCCUCUCCCUCUCUCUCUCUCUCUCUCUCUCUCUCUCUCUGUUUGUCUUCCUCUCUCAGUAAGCCUAAAUCUAUUUGCUCUUGGGCCAAAAAAUGUAAAUAAUUUGUAAAAUCAAUCUUUACAAUACAGAAUUAAAUGAAAUAAAAGUAUUA